AUGCCGCCCAAGUCAAUACUCAAGAACGCGACUGUCUCUACAAACGCGCCCCCUGCAAAAAAACCCGCCAAUCCGCGCCACCUUGCUGUCGCCCGCCACCAUGCGACGGUACUUGAAGACCGCAAGCGCGUCGAGGCAGAGGUGCUGGAGGCUGUCAUGACACUGAUGGACUUUCCCACCUCACCAGACGCCGAUGCUAAGCGACCGUCGCCCUCAGACGCUCAGUUCUUCCAAAAAGCAGUCAUCCCCUUCCAACCCACCGACUACGACGCCCUCAUCGAAGAGCGCAACAUUGCCGACAAAUGCGGAUACGCCCUCUGCCCGCGGCCUAAGAAGAAGGCGCGAUCCACCGCAAGGAAACAGUUUGUUGACACGGACCACGGUGUGCAGAUAGUAGACCGAAAGGUGCUGGAAGUGUGGUGCUCAGACGACUGCGCAAGACGCGCACUCUACGUCAAGGUGCAGCUGAACGAAGAACCGGCGUGGAUGCGACAUGGCGGAUACGGCGACAAGAUUGAGCUCAUGGUAGAUAAUGCCGACGAGCAUCAGAAAGCUCUACCGUUGCGUCUCAAGCAAACAAGUGCGAUCCCGGCUGAUGAAGAUGAAGAAGCAGACCUGAAUGCAGCCUGGGCCGCUCGUGAAGAUGCCAUGACCGACCUGGCUCUCGAACGAGGAGAGAAGCCAGGCAAUCUUACCAAGGCAAACAACGACCUCAUUCAGGACCAGAUCCUGGAGCGCUCUUCCAGCAACGCACCGCCACAACCACCGUCACUUCCUGCGCAGACUUCUGACCAUACAAUGGCCAUCGAAGGGCAUGUGCCACGCAUCAACAGGAAAGACAAGGAUGACGAUGACGAUGAUGACGAUGACCAAGACUGGGAUAAGCACCUGCCCGGAUGA